AUGAGUACUGUUUCCAGGAAUUCCUUGAAGAGAUCUCUCCUAGAGCUAGAAUGUCAUUUUACAUGGACUUUGCGGAAGGAGGAUGCGGAUCUAGACAGCCUAGAGAAAAGAAUAGAAAAUCGGACUGAGUUUUUCACAAAAAACAAUGUCUCAAAUUAUAAUCUACUAGCCUAUAUAUGCCACCUAAAGAAUUCAAAUGAAGACACCCUGAGAAAUCUCCAGAAAGCUGAAGAAGAAAUUAAAAAAAAUCAUCCAGAUGAAAUUGCCAGGAGAAGUCUUGUUACCUGGGGGAACUAUGCUUGGAUCUACUACCACAUGGAGAAUUAUGAAGAAGCUCAUACCUAUGCAAGCAAAGUGGGAAACAGCUGCAAAAAGUUUUCAAGUACUGAUGAAUGGGAGAGUGAGUUUCCAGAAAUCUGUGCUGAGAAAGGAUGGGCAUUGUUAGCAUUUGGGAGAAAAUACUAUGAGAGAGCAAAAAAUUCCUUUGAAAAUGCUCUGAAGAGUGAUCUCAACAACCCCGAAUUUAAUGCUGGGUAUGCAAUAGCGAUGUAUCGCCUGGAGGAACUUUCUUAUAGACAAGAAAACUGUGUAAACCUAUCCCUCAACCCCCUGAAGCGUGCAGUGGAGCUGAAUCCAACAGAUACAUCCCUUAUAGCAUUACUUGCAUUAAAACUUCAGGACUUAAAGAAAGUUGAUGAAGGGGAGAGAUAUAUUGAAGAAGCAAUGCAGAAAACCCCAUAUCUUCCUUAUCUGCUGAGAUAUGCAGCUAAAUUUUACAGAAGGAAAGGAGAAAUAGACAAGGCAGUGGAGAUUUUGAAAAAGGCCCUAGCAGUGACGCCAGAAUCUGCCUUUUUGCAUCACCAGCUAGGACUCUGCUACAGAACAAAACUGUUUCAUCUGAGAAGAGAUAGAAGAUAUCCACCUGAAGAGCAAGUGAAAGAACUCAUCAGACUUGGAACUUUUCAUUUUAAAACAGCAACUGUUGAAAAGAAAGAAUUUUUUGCUGCCCAUGUGGAUCUAGCAAAUAUGUAUGCUGAAGAUAAGAGGUAUGAAGAAGCAGAAGAGACAUUUCAGAAGGCAAUUAAGAUACAUAUUCUAUUUGAUGAUGAUAAACAAGAAUUCUGCUACCACUAUGGCAAUUUUCAGCGUUUCCAUAGAAAAUCGGAAUCUGAAGCCAUUGGGUAUUACCUAAAAGGACUGAAAAUUGAAAGUGAUUCUUAUUCAAGAAAUAGGUGUAGAUAUGCUCUGCGGAAAUUGUUGGAACAGAGAAUUAGGAGAGGUUCAGAAGAUGCAACAGAUUUUGGUACACUUGGAUUCGUUCAUAAUCUAUGUGGUGAAAAACAGGAAGCAAUUGAGUGCUAUGAGAAAGCGCUUGAAUUGUGUCCAGACAGUGAAGACUAUGUGAGUGCAUUAUGUGAGCUACGACUUUCCAUCUCAAGCUGA